CCUGGUUAGGCGAAACGAAUAAUUAGAUCUUGAUAAACUCUACAUCUACAGCAUGGCUACCUCUCUAGAGCAAAUUUUGGCGCGGCUGCUUGAGUCUGAUAAUGAAAUAAUUCAAAAGGCAACCUUAGAAUUGAAAGAAGCUUUCAAAGAUCCCUCAACGAUACAGACAUUAUGUCAGAUACUUGGAACAUCGACACAGCCUCAGAUUCGACAGUAUGCUGCUGUUCUUUUAAGAAGAAAAAUACACAAGACCAAGCAGUGGGCUAGCUUGGAUACUGGACUCAAAGAAAACAUUAGAGGCAAUAUAUUACAACUGCUUAUACAAGAGACUGACCAACGGGCCAGGGCAGCCAUUGCUCAGAUUGUUGGUGUAAUUGCUCGUCUAGAAACUCCAACCAACAACUGGCCUGCACUUUUUGAAUUCCUUGUAACUUAUACGAAAGACCAAGAUUCAGUUAAAAGAGAGAUCGGGAUGUAUGUCCUGUCUGUAGUCACGUCAAUAGCUGCAGAACAGUUGAAACCUCACAUGGUUUCUCUUCUGACACUAUUAACAGAGACACUCAAUGACAGGGUGAAUCUUGAAGUCUGCUAUCUCUCUAUAAAAGCCAUGACAGACCUGGUGUUUUACAUUGGAGAUGCGGAAAUGAAAUACAUACAGAAUGUAGUACCUCGGGUGCUGGAGGUUGUGCAAUCUUUGGCUGCAGUGGAUGAGGAUAAAGCUUGUGUGGCUUUAGAAUUUUUUGAUGAGCUUUUGGAGUCAGAAGUGGCAAUCAUUGUGCCACAUUUAAAACCUUUAGUUCAGUACUGUCUCCAGAUUGCCAAGAACAAAGAUUAUUCUGAUGCAUUAAGGGUCAAGGCCAUGUCUUUUGUUUCUUCACUUGUGAGGUUAAAGAAAAAGACUGUACUUAAACAUCAUCUGGUUGACCCAAUUCUUCAAGUUUUGAUACCUAUCAUCUGUGAUGAAGAUGAGGAGGAUGAAGAUGAUGACGAGGAAGUGGAAGCUCACAGUCCAGCGCAGUAUGCUGUGCAGGUGGUGGAUACAAUGGCUCUUCACUUGCCAGCUGAGAAAUUUUUAAACAAAGUGACUCCUAUGGUUGAAGCAUGUUUAAAGAGCCCUGAAGCAUCUACCAGGAGAGCAGCAUAUCUAAUCAUGGCUGUUAUUGUUGAAGGUUGUGGUGACUUUGUUAUGACCAGAAUGCUAUCUCAGAUGUUACACACAGUUUGUCAAGGCCUGAGCGACCCGUCUCAUAUUGUGCGCAACGCUGCCCUGUUUGCUGUAGGGCAGUUCUCUGAACAUCUACAGCCUGACAUCAGCAAGUACGCCUCCGAGUUACUGCCCAUCUUAUUUCAAUACUUAAAUAAAUCAAUGGAAGAGAUGGAGAAAAAUCCCAAAGGUGUCGUCAAAAGUCACUAUGCACUGGAAAUGUUCUGUGAAAACUUAGGUGUUGGAAUUCUCCCCUACUUGCCAGAUUUAAUGAGCUACCUACUUAAUGUUAUCAAAAAUUGUCACCUCCACAAACCCAAAGAACUCGCCAUUAGUGCAAUAGGAGCAGCAGCUAAUGCUGCCAAAGAGAAAAUGACUCCAUAUUUCAAGGAUAUUCUAGAGCUGUUCAAAGUGUAUUUGACAGGGGAAUCAACAGAAGAAGACAAUGAAGAGAUGAAAAAACUUCAGUUGGCUGCCAUAGAUACUCUGGCUGUGUUUGCUAGAAGUAUAGGGGCUGAAACGUUUCGACCUUUAGCUACUGAGUGCAUCGACCUGGGUUUUAAUUUACUGCAGUCCUCAACAGAUCCAGAUCUCAGGAGAUGUGUUUACAGUCUGUUUGCUGCCAUUUCAACUGUCAUUAAAGAAGACAUGGCUCCUUACGUGGAGAAGAUUGUCAAUGUGAUUGUUGCGUCCAUGAGAUCUACUGAAGGCGUGAAAGCUCACUACAAAAAUGAAACAGAAAUCAUCACAGUGUUUGAUGACGACGACUUGGAGGAAGAUGAGAAUCUGGAGAGUGAUGGGGAGGAUGAGAACUACCAGCUGGAAGGGAUCUCAGUUGAAAAUGCUUACCUUGAUGAGAAAGAAGAUGCUUGUUGUGCACUCGGAGAAAUAGCUUAUAAUACUGGUCGAGCCUUCAUGCCACAUCUCCAGCACUCUUUCCACGAAGUCUUGGAAAUGGUGGGUUACCCAGCUGUAGGCAUCAAGAAAAGUGCUUUCACCACUCUGUCCCAGCUGUGCCUUUGUGUGCACAGUGUACAUAAAGAAACCAACUCAGAGGAAGCUGGCACAGCACUGAAGAUGAUGAUUGUUGGAGUGGUUCCUAAAUACCUAGAAGCCAUUAGGACAGAGAUGGACCGCACUCUAGUCAUGACUGCUGUGGAUGCCCUGCAAGAGAUGCUCUUGAAGAUUGGUCAGCCAGUGUUGUCCAUUACUGGUGCUACUGAUGCCAUACUCACUGCCAUGAAAGAAAUAUUUACACACAAGGUGGCUUGCCAGGAUCAAGAAGAUGAUGAAGAUGAAAGUGAGGCUGAGUUUGACAGCAUGCUGAUUGAAUCUGCUGGGGAUGUACUUCCUGUCAUGGCAAGAAUUAUGGGAGGAGAACACUUCUUACCUUUCUUUACAUCAUUUGUCCAAGAUUUACUCAAGAGACUGAAAGUCACCUCCUCAACAGCAGAGAAGUCAUUUGCCGUGGGUACUCUGGCUGAGAUUAUAGAGGCCUGCGGUCCACCAGUGGGCUCUGCCUUUACCAGUGUACUGUACCCUGUGUUCACUCGAAUGACCAAAGAUGAGGACGAGGAGGUCCGCAGUAACUCUGUGUUUGCUCUGGGCGUGUUGGCAGUCAACGGUGGGGAGGCCAUGCUAAGCCAUUACACAGAUAUUUUGAAAACUUUAUUCUCUGUGAUGGGUACAGAGUCUAACCCCAGAGUCUUAGACAAUGUUUGUGCAGCAGUGUGUCGGAUGAUUUGGUUUAGUCAACAGAAUGUUGCUCUUACACAGGCACUUCCUGUGGUCAUGCAAUUGCUGCCCCUGAAGGAAGACCUUGAGGAGAAUGUGACUGUCUUUGGUUGUUUGACCAAGUUGUAUAGAGAUAAUGUCCCUGAGAUUAUUCCUUUCAUCCCUAAAAUUCUGGGUGUUGCAGCCAUUGUGAUGAAAACAGAGAACAUAAAAGAAGAUACUCAACUAGAGAAUGCAUGUCCACAAAGCUACGCUCAGGCUGUGAUUGUGCAGUUCAUACAGAGUGUGAAGGUUAAGUUUCCUGCCGAGUUUGACCAGGUGCGUGCCCAGUUGGAAGAAGAACUGGCCCUAGUUUUGGAUGCAUGCUUGACACUUCAGGUCAACCUGGCUCCAACGCCCUCAUGAUUUUCAAGACCCUCCUCAUUAGGCAGAGGCAUAAAAGAAAUCAGACCUGAUGUAUAAAAUUUACCCAUGAUGCAUUUCUAUAAUUUUUUUUUUAAAGAUGAUAUCUCAUUUGUCUAUAUUUUUUUUUUGAGCUGUGUCAAUCUAAGCAUGUUACUGAAGUCAAAUUUUUAUCAUUGAAAACAAAAAAUCUAAAAGAGUCAUUAUUAAUCUCAUUGUCCAAGUUUUUUGUAUCAUGUUAUGUAAACAAAAUCCAUUUCAUAUUAGAGACGUUAGCAUCCUAGAAUUGUAAUGCUAUAGAAUGUGCAAUGAUGCACAAAGAAAUGAUGAGGCUAAGACUGACCAGUGGACAAGCAAUUACACUGACCAUUAUAUACUUGCAUUCAGUGUCAGUGUGCAAUCUUGUACCAGUGAUUUUGUUUUGUUUUUUUAAUUUAUAAAGCUCUUCAUGUACAUACCACAAAUUAUUUUUUUGUUUUGUUUCCUUUUAACAAUUUUAGAAUCGGGAAGCUUUUUAUUGUUGCCAACUUGCAUAUGUACUGAUGACUAAUCGUGCAUGCUGGGAUGUUUGACACUUCCUUUGCUUUACUCAGUCCCUCUUCGUUAACUCACCAUUGUCCCCUUCCUACUUAUGUUCUCUGUUGAGGGUGUGAACUGUCUGUCGCACACAGAAAAACAAAGCUAGUCCAAGUUGAAGUCUUAUAAAAUUUUCUUGUUAAUUAAAACCUUGCUUUCAUAUAUUUUUUUUUCUCAUCUACAUUGAAAAUACAUUAAUGUAUUGUACAAAUAUAACGACUGGACACAAGGCUGAUCUAUGUAUGAACUGGGCAUACGACGGAUCUCUGUUUUGACUCCUUUUAUUUAGGCACUUGAAUCCCAGUGUAAAGCAAUCAUCGAUGUGUAAUAUUUGUAUGUUUACAUAUAAAUUAUUUCUUUACAUAUGUCAUGUAUGUGUUUCACAACAAGAAAAUAUUUAAUAUUCAUCUGAAAUUGUUAUGUUUUUAAACUGAAUGAAACUUCAGAAAAAAAAAAUAGAGAAAUAAACCACUCACUAAUGAAAGGCAAUUACUUCUAUAGAGUGUUCAUGAAUCUAAACAUUAACAAAAAUUAUUAUAUUUUUUGCUUGUAAAAACAAAACUUGAAAUAAAACAUGCUGUGGUUA